AAGGAGCGUGCACACGCGUCCCCACCCCCUCCGGUGAGCGAAGGUGGAGGGAGGAGGCCCAUGCUCGUGCCGGCGUUCCCUACCUUUCCAGCGAGGAGAGUAGGGACGCAGAACUGUGGGCCCCUCUCCCGGCCGAGUCGUGCAGCUGCCACCCGGCCCACCCUAGCGCCAUGCCUAAAUCUGGGGCUCAUUCUGAAUGAUGCCCCAGCGUGCGGCCCCCCUUGCCCGGUACGGACCAGGAGGAGACCAGCCAGGCCGCUCCGGAGAGCCUCGCUACCGCUCGAAACCUCGCGGGGUCGCAGCUCCCUGCUCUGGUUUUUGGGGAUUGAAGCGCCCAAGCCGCGCCUUUUACCAGGUUGCCGCCCACCGUGGCCUCGGCCAGACGCUCGGGUUUCUGAGGCACCCCGUUUGGGAGCUCCAAAGAGAGGGCGAGGCCGGUUCUACCCCUUCCUCAGAAGGAUUUGAGACUGAGACCCUGACACCGAGAAUACCCUUCCACUUUCUGAUGCCAGCAGCUUGCAGAUUGUUAAUGCUGAAGCGGGAGGCAAGAAUGUCACAGCCCUUUUAGGGGUGUUUGUCAAGGUUCUCCCAGCUGGAGAACAACAAACUCACCUAGAAGACAGAGGACCCCUUCAUAAACCCGUGGUGGUGGUCCAUACAGUUAUUGAUCUCUUACUUUUGAAACCUGGUCCGUGACCUGCAUCCUCCCAGUGCCCAGCACCAGAGAAGGUGUUCGCGUCCCCACGGGACAUCUGGACCUGCACUUUUGCAUCAAGAUGCCAGAUGGGAGGAAAAGGAAAGAGAAGCCUGGAAGGACUUCCUGAGGAAGGUGAUCCUCAGUCUGAACUGGAGUUUUCAGAAACUGAGCCUAGAAGUGUAAUGGCCAUCUUGAAACCACAAGGAUGAAAGAGUCACCUAAGGCUGGGAAGGAGCCUGGUUUACUGACGAUGUCCCUGAACAGUUACACCAGCCCUGGACUUCUUUUUAUAUUAAAAAAUGCUCCAGGAUCUCUCAAGCCAUGGAGGAAAGCUCUUGUGAAUUGAGCCAGCCAGCCCAACACCAUUCAGAACCUCCUUCCUACAUGAAAGGACAGUGAGAUGGUGAGGACUAUCUCUGCAAGGAAAAGGAAUGGGGAAGCUGGAUCUGAUUCUUCACUCUCAGCAAAUACGGUGGCCACGCAUCGGAUCUGAGAGCGGCUUGAGACUAUAGGAAGCCUUUUUCCAAAUUCAGCCCAUCAUUCCAGGUUCACUUCUCCUUUUGGAUUCGUGAGCAGCACUGAAGAGAGCGCAUGAGGGCUCUGAAGGAUACCGACUAAUCUGAAGUUUUUGAGCCCACACAGUUCCUCGUUAUUAUUAACGUCCUCUUAGGCUGAAGCAAGCAAUGGUUCACCACAAUAAAGAUGGCGGCAGCUGCUUCACCACGGCAACGACAACGCAAUUUGCCAACAAGCGCGUCAAUAUCGUUUAGUGCGGGCCUGCCCGUUUUACGUCACUUCCGGCCCCGGCACAGCGGCGUGCGCGCCGCUCUUCCUGCUGCGGCCGUGGCUGUACCGAGGGAGGUGAGCGGACCUUGAGCGGAGGAAGACUCACGGAGGGAAUUGUAAAGAAUGUGGGGCCAGCAACAUGGACAGAGAAGGUGGGAAGCCCGCGGCUGUUGUCGCAGUUGUGACUGAGCCUCGGUUUACCCAGCGAUACAGGGAAUAUCUCGAGGAGCAGAAACUCCUGGAUAGACAGCACCGCGUGGAAAAGAUGCCAGAUGGCACCGUGGCGCUACCCGUGCUGGGAGAGGCCCUCCUGGAGCAGCAUCUGUGGGAGCUGAGGAAUCGUGUGGCCCCAGGCAGCACCUGUAGGCUAACGCAGCUCCUGGAUCCUGUUCCUUCAAAGAAGGCCCAGGGUUGUUCACCUGCCCAAAGGCUGUGUCUUGAGGUGAGUCGCUGGGUAGAGGGCCGGGGAGUGACGUGGUCAGCGGAGUUGGAGGAUGAUUUGCCCCGAUCUUGGCAACGACAUGGUAACCUCUUGUUGCUGAGUGAGGACUGUUUCCAAGCCAAGCUAUGGAAAAAUCUGGAACCAGAACUCUGGAAGACGGUUGCUUCGGCACUCGGUGUCCAGCGUUUGGCCAAAAGAGGGCGGGUAUCACCGGAUGGCGCUCGAACUCCAGCAGUGACUCUGCUGCUGGGCGACCAUGGCUGGGUCGAGCAUGUGGAUAAUGGGAUCCUAUAUAAGUUUGACGUGACCCAGUGCAUGUUCUCCUUCGGAAACAUCACUGAGAAGCUCCGAGUGGCAUCGUUGCCCUGUGCUGGAGAAGUGCUGGUGGAUCUCUACGCAGGGAUUGGUUAUUUUACAUUGCCGUUCCUAGUUCAUGCUGGUGCUGCUUUCGUCCAUGCCUGUGAGUGGAACCCUCAUGCUGUAGUUGCUCUGAGAAAUAACCUUGAGAUCAAUAGAGUAGCACAUCGGUGCCAGAUACACUUUGGGGAUAAUAGGAAACUGAAGCUUGCAAAUAUUGCGGACAGGGUGAACCUGGGGCUGAUUCCUAGCUCUGAAGAAGGCUGGCCCAUUGCCUGCCAAGUGCUACGACAGGAUACUGGGGGCAUUUUGCAUAUCCACCAAAAUGUGGAAUCUUUCCCAGGGAAGAAUCUCCAGUCUCCUGGAAGCAGUGAAAUGGAGAAGGAGGUUUGGCCUUAUCCUCAGCAUAUUAUCACCAAACAAUGGAAAAAUGGAGCUAGCAGGGAUUCUAGGAGAAAAAUACUGUCGGCAGCCACCAAGCCAGAGUGGCAAAGGUGGGCGGAAUCUGCAGAAAAUCGCAUUGCCAGUCUUCUUCAGCAGAUGCAUGGGAAACCAUGGAAGACAGAAAUCCUGCACAUCCAACUGGUGAAAUCCUAUGCUCCCCACGUGGAUCACAUAGUCCUCGAUCUGGAAUGCCGCCCCUGUCCUCUAGUUGGCUAGAGAAGGUGGAUCCUGAGACACAAGGAUCUACGUGUGAGUGAUCCUUAAUGCAUCAGCUCAGGCCAGGAUCUCACCCCUCUUGUCUCCUGGUAAUCUAAUAUUUUGUGGCCCUGAAAGCAGGGCCAAAACCAAUCCAAAUCAUUUCAUUCAUCUUCCAUUAACAUGUUAAGAAUGAGCUACAUAUCUGGGAGAAGCAGUGUGCUCAUUGAAAUGAGGCUCAUCUGUGCAAACAUGAAUUCCGAAUUCUGACCUCAGUUCUCUCUGACCUUGGGGACAAGGUUCCACUAUUCUUUUGGGCUUCGAUUUCCUCAUUUGCAAAAUGAGGGUUUCUUUGAACUUCCUCCCAUGGCUGUUAUCUAAGAAGCAGUUGUACACAGGGCAUUGGUUAUUUAAGGGUGAGGGACACAGUGCUGUUUCCAGAUCCGCUCCAGCUCCAAUAUGGAAAAUUGACUCGAGGGGAGCCAGGAUGGAAGCAGGGAAACCAGUGAGGACGUUGUCCAGGCAUGAGGUGAUGGUGGCUUGGACUAGGGUGGUAGCAGUGGGAGGGUUGGUGGAUUUGAGAAAUAAAAUUGAUGGGACUAAGUAA